CUUGCCAGGGGGACGGCUUCCAUUCACUGCCCUUCGUAGGCCCCGACCUCCCGUCUGACCCGCCGGUGCCACAGCCAUUUGUUUGGCCCACUCAUCUAUCGACCCGAGGCGUCGUGCGCCUUGCCCCGGUGCCCCUCCGCCGCGCCCGAGGGCAUGUUCACCAAGAAGGCUGCCCCGAAAGCCAAGGCCGAGGGCACGCAGGCCCCGGUGUCGGGGCAGCCGGCCGGCAUGGCGCCGCUGCCGCGCGGCGAGCAGCCCAGGGCGGCGCCUGCCACCCCGGAGGCGGUCCCGGCCUCGGCCGACCCCGCCCCGCAGCCGCUGAAUCCGAAGCCGCCCCUGGCCAAGGGCAAGACGGAGCUCGAGGCGCCCGCCAGGCCCGUCGCCUCGCUGUCGGAGAAGCCCGCGCCCUCCUCGGUGGAGCCGAAGAAGGGCCACCCGGACACCCCAGGCGGGCCCACCAGCAGCCACGACCCUGCCGCGGUGCCGCAGGGCGGCAAGGCAGCCUCGCUGGUCGCCGGAGGCGCUGCGACCGGCAAGGCGGCGGCGGCCGCGGCGGCACCCGCGAAGGCGACCGGCCCCGUGGCACGCACCGCGGCCGCCGCCGUCGUGACCGAGGGGCAGAAGCAGGUCACCUCCCAGGAGCGCAUGGUGGCCACGGGCUCGGUGAUGGCGAAGGGCGCCAGCGCUCAGGCCGAGGCGCCCAAGGCCCCUCCAGCGGCCAAGGCGAAGGCCUCCGCAGCGCCUUCGUUCUCGGGUGCUGUGCCCGCCCCCGCCGGGACUUCAGCUGCGGCCUCGCUGCCCUCUGCCGCCGCUGCUGCCGCGCCCAAGAGCGUGCUCCAGAUGGUCACUGGCAAGCCAGAGCCAGCGCUGGCCUCGGGCACGGGCUACCCCAGUGCACAGCCCACUCCAGUCUCGGAGUCCGCAGGUCCCGCGCGUACGUACGCGAAGUCGGCCGCGGCGACCAUCGCGGCCGUGCCCAAGAGCGCCGAGGUGCCGAAGGAGGGGCCCGCGGCGGUGGCGGUGGGCCGCGCCCUCGCCGCUGGCGCCUCCGGCGUCAGCACCUCCGGCAAGAAGGCCACAGUGCCCGUCGGCAAAAAGUAUCAGAUCGUCUUCGUGACCAGCGAGGUUGCGCCUUUCUCCAAGACAGGCGGUCUGGGCGAGGCCAUGGACGGCCUCCCCGUCGCACUCGCGGCCCUCGGGCACCGCUGCAUGGUCAUCAGCCCGCGCUAUGACCAGUACAGGGAGGCUUGGGACACGAACUUCUGGAGCUCCGUCACGAUGGGGGUCGCGCAGGAGCCUGUGCAUUUCUUCCACACGUUCAAGCAGAAGGUCGACUACGUCUUCGUGGACCACCCGACCUUCCUGGAGCGCGUGAAUGGCCCUUCUGGCUCCAAGCUGUACGGCCCCGAGUGGGGCAAGGACUUUGCCGAUAACCAGUCGCGCUUUGCAUAUUUCUGCAAGAGCGCGCUGGUGGCCAUGAAGGAGCUGCCCCUGGCAGGCUACCCGUACGGCGAGGACGUGGUCGUGGUGGCCAACGACUGGCACAGCUCUCUGGUGCCCAUGUUCAUCGAUGCCGAGAAGCGCACGGACGCGACCGCCUGGGCCAACACCAAGUCCUUCUUCCUGUGUCACAACGCAGUGUUUCAGGGCCGCUUUGAGCUGGAGCCUGGCCUCGCAGAGGUCUUCGGCGUGCCGCAGGAGUACAUCGACAGCAUCACCUUCCAGAUGCCCCUGAAGGUCGGCAAGUACAACAAGAAGGUCAAGCUGGUGAACACCAUGGCGGCGGGCCUUCGCUACUGCGACCGUGCGCUCACCGUGUCGCCCUCCUACGCUGCCGAGUGCGCCAUCGACCCGGAGAAGGGCGUGGAGCUCGAGCGGCUCUUUGCCCUGGCCAAGGUUACCGGCAUCCUGAACGGCGUGAAGGAGGGCGUGUCCCCCGAGGAGAAGAACUUCGUGACCAAGACCAAGAUGUGCUGCGGCACCUUCAACGCCGCCACCGUCGGUGCCGCCAAGGCGCAGUUGAAGGCCGCGUACCAGCAGGAGAGCGGCCUGGGCGCCUCCAGUGGCCCCAUGAUGUGUUUCAUCGGCCGCCUGGACGCACAGAAGGGCUACGACCUGCUGCUCGAGAGCCUGAUAGAGGUGCUCGAGAACACCGAGAUGCAGGUGGUCAUCGUGGGCGCCGGCCGCGCCGACCUUGUGCAGCAAACUAAGGCGGUGGAGAAGAAAUUCCCGAAGAAGUUCUACUACGCCGGCUGGAUGGGCCCCGAGCGCUACGCCCUUCUCGCCGGCUGCGAGUACACGCUGCUGCCAUCUCGUUGGGAGCCUUGCGGCCUUGUCCAGAUGGAGGCGAUGCGCAUGGGCACCCUGCCCAUCGUCGCCCCCACCGGCGGCCUGAAGGAUACCGUGGAGGACGGCGUGAACGGCCUCUGGACCGACGCGGAGAUGACGGUGGAGGCUGAGCUGGACGACGCCUCGAGCGAGUCGAUCUCCAAGGCAAUCCGCCGCGCCUGCGAGAUCCACACGAGCACUCCGGAGAAGGAGGUCGAGAUGAUGAAGGCCGCCAUGGCGGCCUCCGCAGAGUUCACCUGGAGCAACGCGGCGAUGCAGUACGAGGCCCUCUUCGACGAGGUCGGGGCCGUGGACGUCCUUGGGGCCGCGAGGGACAAGACGGUGACCCUGGAGACGGACAAGCAGGUCUGCUGAGGCCCGGGAGGGUCCGGCCACGGUGCGGGUCCGCGCCGUGGCCGGAGCCAGCACUGGGGGAGGGCGGCACCGCGCUCUGCCGGCCCUGCCUGGGCGGUCAGCCCAAGACAUGCUGCGUGCGCAGCCCCGAGUUGAGUUGCGCGGGCGCGCAGCGCCUGCGCCUGUGAGAUCAGGUCCUGGCCUGUCGGCUAGAGCCACGUCAGGUCAAGCCAGAGCGCACAUAACAUUUUAAAACGAGUGCUCCGCCGCCAUACCGCUCCCCGUUUCGUGGACCGUCGCGCUCACGCUCACUCCCAGAUUUUCGUCGUCCCUCCUUCUAGUCCCUGCUGCUCUGAACCAGGGCGGGUGCACGGACCCACGGCCGGGUAGGUUGGCUUUGGAGUGUCCCCCAGGGGCCGCUCCGGCCCCAAAUCAGCGUCCGAUCGUGGGACGCGUAGCUUGUAGCUUUAAGGAGUGGGGGUGUCCUAUAGCCGGACUCUUAGCAUAUAAUUUUGGACCCAUCUCCUGAAGGUGCAAAUCUGGGGCCAGUCGGCUCUGGGUGCACUAAAGGCGCUCAGUCUGCAAUCGCACAGGCGCGUAUGGGGCAACAGCACGGGUGACGCGCUAAACCAAUGCAUUCGACCGUAGGUGCGGCCGAUGCCAGCGGCGAGUGAUCAGAAUUUCAGGCAGGGAGCAAGAACAUCAAGCUUCUACUUGGCUGCCUGGUGCCGUAGUUCUCCCCUGCAGUCAUGCCGAUACUGGGUCAGUCCUGCCCCGUUGGUCUUCCAUGCAUGUUCUUCGCGAGAAUGUUGCCAGCGACAUCAGUGUUUGGCUGGGCAGAACCCUUGCGGAAUUGAUGCCUGUACCGCAUCUUCAGUCAGAGGUGCUUACCUCUUCGCAUGCAUUCGCGAGCACCUUUUCUAAGUUCUCAUGCAUCCGAGCAACCCAGCAAGGAGGCAUCUCAUUGCAAUGAUCAUGGCAGAAACUUGAUGGCUGCUGAUGGCGUAAAAA